AUGGCGUUCAGUGGCACAUCGCAGAUGCGAGCUCGGCUCAAGAAGCCGUCCAAGUUAUUGCUCAAUCGCCUCACUGGAUUCGGACCUAUAACAUUGGCCAGCUCGCUCGGCUCAGGGCCUUUCGUGUCUGCUACCCGAGACAAAGUCGCGGAUCGAAAUGGCACACGAAGGUACGAUGAGCGCCGGGUUUCCAUCCGAGGGAUUUUUAACACAACAGUAAGCGGUAAAUGGGUUGUGCCGGCGCGGAUUAAUGUGCCUUUGGAGGAUCACCGCGAUCUUGAAGACCGUCUCACGAAUGCUCGUCGGCGUCCCGUUUUGGUCUACGAUCGUACCAAAGAUUGCGGAUGGCUUGUUCCUGAAUUUAGCUUGGUCGUUCACAUGGCCUUGACGUAUUUGAAUUAG